AUGGAGAUGCUACUUUCCGCACUACUUGGUGAGGGAAUCACUAGAUCCUUAAAUUUUUUCAUCAGCAAAAGCUCCAAGCUUCAGGCACACGAUGUGGAGGACCGUUUCCACAGGGUCCUGCUCCGUGCGCAGGUCAUCAUCGACGAGGCCAUGGGACGGCACAUCACAAACCAUGCUAUGCUCCAGAAGCUGGACAUGCUGAGAGGCUCCAUGCACCGAGGCUAUUACUUGCUCGACAGUUUCAGGUACCAAUUUAUCAACGGGCAGGAUGCUAGAGAUCAGAUCAUGAGUCAAUCAUUAUCUCCCUCCAAAGUAACUUAUUUUAAAUAUUUAUGUCACUUGAAAAGAAAGAUACUGAUAUUUGAACAACUGCAAAAGAUGCUUGACAAUUUGAGAUCCAUGAUCCUUGAUAUGGAAGAGGUGGUCAUUUUCUUGACCAGCUACCGCCGCUCAUACCGCCAGCCUUAUAGCAUGCAUAUCCUGCUGGGCAAUUGCAUGUUUAGUCGUCAGAUGGAAGUAGAACUUGCAAUCAACUUCCUUUUGCACACACAACCCCAGGGUCCUCAAGAAUUGGAGGUCAUGCCGAUUGUGGGUCCAGGCAAAGUUGGCAAGAGCACUCUUGUUGCUCAUGUUUGCAAGGAUGAAAGAGUCCGUGACCGUUUCUCUAAAAUCCUGUGGUUGUGUGACCAUGAUUUUAAAGAUGAUGAGCUGGCUUUCAUAGAUGAAUGUACAGUGAAACUUGAAAAUAUUGUGACUAACCUGAACAAGGACGAGAGAUUACUAGUUGUGGUUGAGUUACUUGGCGAUCCCACAGAAGAUGCAUGGAAUAGUUUGUAUUCUACUUCUAAACGGUGCAUGCCAAGGGGUAGUAAGAUCAUAGUCACAAGCCGAUCGGAUAAAGUUGUCAGGUUUGGAACAACACGGGCUAUAACUCUGAAGUUUCUUACCCAAGAGGCAUUCUGGUAUUUCUUCAAGAUCCUUGUAUUUGGUAGUGUGGAUCCUGAUAUGCACCCAAGGCUUGUGCAAUUGGCCAUGGAGAUAGCCAAGAUGCUAAAAGGUUUCAUCAAUGGUGCAAAUGCCAUAUCCUCUUUACUGAGGGACAACUUUGAAAUCCAAUUUUGGUAUAAGGUCCUUAUGUUCAUUAGAGGGUCCAUCAAGAAGAAUAUCUCCGAAUUUGGUGAACAUCCAUCUGAUCGUCUAAGCCAAGAUAGAUCUGCACAGCUUGGAAGAGUGUCCAUACCUUCCGAAGAAGUUUUAGUUUCCCAUCAAUAUCAACACUCUUCCCAGAAGGAGAUUCCAAAGAUAGGAGUACUAGAUGUGGUGUUUGGAAGUAUUAAGCCUCUUGGAAAAUUUGAUAUGCUACUAUGGAGAUCCCAUAUACCACCCUAUUAUAGUUAUGUCUAUGCUUGUGAGAUUAGAGAACUAAAAAUUGCAGGUGCCAAAAGGAAGCGUCCUAUGAGAAGUGGAGCUGCUCUUUGUUAA